AUGAAAAAUUGUCAACACUUUAUAGACAACAAAGAGAUUCAGAAGGGCAUGUUUGGACUCAAAUCAUCGCAUGGUGGAUACAGUAAGGAUCCUUUAGUCUACUGCGACAUUCGAGUGGACUCACCUUAUAAGGAUUUGGUGCUCAUAAGAGGAUCACCAUUAGAAUCGAACCCUGUCCCACUCAAUGGCCGGCUGUUAUUCUCUCUUUCCCAUGAUAUGCUAGUGAAAAAGAUUUCUUUAAAACUAAUUGGUCGUUUUAAGCUGGAUUUCUUGCAGAUGGGAAGGGACAAUAAUCGUUCUGGUGUUACAAGUAUUGUAAAGGAUCAAAAAACCGUACUAGAAACCAGAUGGGAAAACCUGCUAGUUUCCUCACAAGGAAACACAGUGAUUGGAGACGAUAAGCAUUACGCUGGGGAUGCGGGUCGCCGAGAACUAGCCAAACGAUCGCUUUCCAGCCCUGUAGUGAAUCGAUUGAUCAAGAAGAAUUCAAGCCAUGUCUUGGAACUUCCGACCAACGGUGUAACGGGCACUCCCUACAAGGACUUGUAUUCUUCCUCGUCCUAUGUGUUUCAUCUACCCAAGGGUAACUACGAUUUGCCCUUCCAAGUUAUACUGCCAAGCGAAAUAAUGGAAACCGUGGAAGGUCUACAAAGUGGAUCGCUUUUAUACAACUUCGAAGCGCGGAUAGACCGCAAACGAAAAUCCAGCAGUGUCACUUCACUACUCAAGGAAGAUCUGGAAGCCCUGCACCUACACCAACCUUCAAUGACAACGUACAAAUAUCUACGCAUUUUCCGCACUUUAGCGCCCGAUGAUUUAUCGCUUCAACAGGAGAUGAGCGUCGGAGCAACGUGUAAAGACAAGAUCCAGUACGAAGUGAGUAUCCCAAGUAAAGCAAUCGCCAUCGGAGACUCCAUACCAAUUCAUAUAAGACUGUUUCCUUUCCAAAAGGGUUACAUCCUCGACAAGAUCAACGCAUCCCUAUUACAAUUCUACUUGGUACGCGACAACGCGGGCCAACCUUAUGAUGAUCAACAAGUAAUGACCAAACAAUCGCUUACAGAGUUUGACGAAUUUCUCAAUAAUCCUGACCGUCUACUUACCGACGUAACAGAGAUCAACUCGAUAUUCCAGACCCCGGACAAUCUGAAAAAAAUCACCCAAGACUGUGAUCUACGCGGUGAUCUCAUUCAAGUUCGCCAUAAGCUAGCGAUCAAGAUCGUACUCACAAGAGCGGAGGAUACUACAAAGCGGUUGGAAAUCAAAGCAAACCUCCCCGUAUCACUUUACAUAUCACCGCUUGUCGGAAUGAAAGGUCGCUUGGUGCUAUUUGACAAUGCUAACGGGAACAUUCAUUUCAGAGCGGGAGAACUGGUCCAAUUGUUCACCGACGGCAGUUCGACCCCCCAGCGCAGCACCACUCCAGCACCAGCACCAGCUCCGCCCAACUACCAGGACCGGUUAAAGGACCACCUUCUCGGCCGUGAACAACAGCCGAUGGCCAUCCACUCGGCUCCUAACUCCCCUCCGUCUCUCGCGACACCCGUAGCCCACACACGCAAGAUGACUACUUCACGCAGGUGCCGUCGUACGAGCAGAGUUGGCAAGGGGUCGCUACACACGACGAGCCCCCGCCUCCGCUCUUGCCCUAAACGCCGAGACAAGAUCCCCGCCCCCACUCAUUUCCCCGCCGCAUCGCCGUGCCCCGGAGCUGUGCGUUUUAAUCUCGAAUCGGGUUCUUUUUCUUCCAUGCGGUUGACCGAGGUAGGGGAGAAGAGGGGAGGGGUUUUUGUUUGUGUCGAUUCUUGA